AUGUAUCAUUUUAAUCGCGUUUGUUUUGGUCUACGGUGCUCGCCGUACCUUGCUAUGAAGACAGUCAAGCGUCUCGCCCGCGAUGAAACUGAUUUCCCGAUCGCUUCAGAAAUCGCUAGUGAUCAUCUUUAUAUGGAUGAUCUAGGAGUUUCGGUAGAUACGCCCGAGAAUGGAAUUCAGUUGGCUCAUGAUUUCAUCGAACUAUUCAAACGUGGUGGUUUCGACUUAGUUAAAUUCGUUAGCAAUUCGCCCGAGGUGUUAAAAUCGAUUCCGCAAGCCAACCGCUUAUCUUCAAAAAUUGAAUUCGACAAAGAGGAUAAUAUGAAGCUCCUAGGUCUAAUUUGGUCACCGGUCGAGGAUGAAUUUUCAAUCGCUAUUAAAUUCAACCCGCAAGCAAAAUGUACAAAGCGCCUUAUGCUUUCCACAAUCGCUAAACUGUGGGACAUAAACGGAUUUUGUGCCCCUGUCAUUUUACACGCAAAAUUGUUAAUAAAAGCUCUCUGGGUAGCUCAGAUUGAUUGGGAUACAGAGCCCCCAAGCGACAUCUGUGCUGCAUGGAAACGCUUUCUUAGUGAACUCCCCGCUCUGCAAGACUUUAAAAUACCUCGCUUCGUAGGCAUCGUGCCCGAGUCCCGUGUCAUACUACUGGGAUUUGCGGACGCUUCUGAAAAAGCGAUGGGUGCUUCUGUGUAUAUUUUUGUACAACCAGCUUCCGGACCAAAUGAAGUCAAUUUAAUUGGUGCCAAAAGCAAGGUCGCGCCGCUCAAG